AUUAAAUCGGGAAACUCAGCCUGGCCAGCCAUGCCCUCCUUGCUGCCCUGGCUCGAGGCAGAAGACCGAGUCAAUGGUUAAGCCUGGGGGGAUCUGCUCCGCUGCAGGUUACUGGAAAGCAGCUUGCAGCAUCACAGACGUUCACAGGAUGCCUUAUUUUGCAAGACUCAUUUUGUUCUUGUUUUGCCUGAUGGUUCUUGUGGAGACCAGAAAGCCCAAGAAGAGGAGAUGGACAGGGCAGCUGGAAACGUCCAAGCCAAGUCACCUAUAUAAGAAGAACCUUGAUGUGACCAAAAUCCGAAAGGGAAAACCUCAGCCACUUCUCAGAGUGGAUGACCAUGAUUUCACCAUGAGGCCCGCCUUUGGAGGCCCUGCCAUCCCGGUGGGCGUGGACGUGCAGGUGGAGAGCCUGGACAGCAUCUCGGAGGUGGACAUGGACUUCACCAUGACCCUCUACCUGCGGCAUUACUGGAAGGAUGAGCGGCUGGUCUUCCCCAGCACCAGCAACAAGAGCAUGACCUUCGACGGCCGGCUGGUGAAGAAGAUCUGGGUCCCCGACGUCUUCUUUGUUCACUCCAAAAGGUCAUUCAUCCACGACACCACCACGGACAACAUCAUGCUGAGGGUAUUCCCAGAUGGGCAGGUGCUGUACAGCCUGAGGAUUACAGUCACCGCCAUGUGCAACAUGGAUUUCAGCCACUUUCCCCUGGACUCCCAGACCUGUUCUUUGGAGCUGGAAAGCUAUGCAUAUACAGAUGAAGAUCUGAUGCUGUACUGGAAGAAUGGGGACGAAUCCCUGAAAACAGAUGAGAAGAUCUCCCUGUCUCAGUUUCUGAUUCAGAAAUUCCACACCACUUCCAGACUGGCCUUCUAUAGCAGCACUGAUCUUAGUUGUGGCACACGGGAUCUUUGCUGCAGUGUGAGGGCUCUUCGUUGUGGCUGGUACAACCGUCUCUACAUUAACUUCACGUUGCGUCGCCACAUCUUCUUCUUCUUGCUGCAAACCUACUUUCCCGCCACCCUGAUGGUCAUGCUGUCCUGGGUGUCCUUCUGGAUCGACCGCAGAGCUGUGCCCGCCAGAGUUUCACUGGGGAUCACCACGGUGCUGACCAUGUCCACCAUCAUCACGGGUGUGAACGCCUCCAUGCCCCGCGUGUCCUACAUCAAGGCCGUGGACAUCUACCUCUGGGUCAGCUUCGUGUUCGUGUUCCUCUCGGUGCUGGAGUACGCGGCCGUCAACUACCUGACCACUGUGCAGGAGAGGAAACAGCGGAAGCUGCAGGAGAAGUUCCCAUGCAUGUGUGGAAUGCUCCACUCAAGAACCAUGAUGCUGGGUGGAAGCUACAGUGAGUCUGAGGCCAACAGCCUGGCCGGGUACCCGAGAAGCCAUAUUCUGACAGAAGAAGAAAGGCAAGACAAAAUAGUGGUCCACCUGGCCCUGAGCAGUGAAUCCAACUCCUCCAGGAAGAAGGGGCUUCUGAAGGGCCAGGUGGGUCUUCGCAUCUUCCAGAACACUCACGCCAUCGACAAAUACUCCCGGUUGAUAUUCCCAGCUUCCUACAUAUUUUUCAACUUAAUUUAUUGGUCAGUGUUAGCCUAGGAGCUCUGAGGCUAUGCCUGGGGAAGGGCACGGACAUCUCCGGUGUCUGGCCGGCCGCCCACACGUGGACCUGCUGAGCGUGACCCCUCACAGACAGAGCAGCAGCCCCUGGACCACCUCAAGCAGCAUCCUGGCUCCCGGAGGAGCCCAGGGGCCCUCCAUCUGCCCUCCCCCAGGCCUCGUGGGCUUGCUUAUCGUUCAUGCUGUGUUGUGUCCCACUUCUUGCCGCUCUGGGACUGUCUUCUUCUGUUCUUGUGUGUGAACAGGUUCAUGAGAGCCUCCCUCCAAUAAAAAAAGACUCAAAUGCCUCCCAGAUGAAUGUUCUGAGACCCUUAUGAAGCCUAGGAUUCAGUUAUAAAGGGAAGGGAAAAAUGAAGGGCAAGCUUAGGGGCAUUCUGGAUAGGAGACAGGAAAUUAAGAUUCAAAAUAGGAAUAAAAAAAUCUGUAAACCCUACACUGGAUUAAGUGCCUAUCUAGGAAAGAAAAAGAAAACUCAGAUCCCAGAUGAAAUGAUUUGACCUGGGUGAGUCUGGCAACUCGCAUGAUUUUGCAAUAUUAAGGGACAUCAUUCAUUCAUACAUCCAUUUAACCGUUCAUUAAAUAUUGAAUACCUGCCCUGUGCCAGUGCUUAUUUUUCUCAGCAAUGUGUGAUGACAUGCACUGAGUAUUGCCAACCAGGGAAACAUCACCCAAACCCAUCAAAGUGUAGAGUUUUUACUGGGGGCUGGCCAUCUGAAUACAGCUGACCGCCUGUAUGGCUGACCUUAGUCUCCAGUUCCUUCAGAGGCUGAGCUGAUACAUCUCAGCCUGAGACCCCAUCAUAAACCACAUUGUUGGCUUAGACCGUCUGGCAUGGCCGUAGGCCCCCAGGUGAACAAAGACCCUCCAAUCAGGCAGGACAGUCCAGGGGUUUAGAAGUUACCGCCCAGGAGCUAGAGGCCAAGGCCCAAACCUUUCUUUUGUCAAGGUUCAUCCUUUACUGCACAGCAAUCAUUGUCAAUUCCUCAUUGUUAAUGUGAAUUACUCUGCUUCUAGUAUAGAUUCAUGCAGCAAACAUUAAAAAACUCCUGCACUAGAUAUAGUAGGGUCCACCUUAAGAGUAAGAGAUCAUCUUAUUCUUGUAUAGCUCUCAGAAAAAGGACUGGUCAAGGAUAUCGUAUACGAUUACGUGUAAGUUAAAAAAGUAUUAAGCACAGCAAAAAUGGUUCAUCAUGUAAUGGGAAUUCUAAGGAAGGAAAGAAUGAUUUCCAGUGGAAGACUGGAUCUCGUGGAGAAAACAGCGUCUGAGCUGCUCCUUGAAGGUUGGGGAUUUGGAGAAGAAAUGUUCAUGCUAGGUGCACAUGUAGAAAGUACAUGCUAGAUAUGUGCGGUCCGAUGUGGUAGCCACUGGCUAUAUAUUUAUUUAAAUUUAAGUUAAUUAAAGUUAAAUAAAAUUAAAAACUCAGUUCUUGCCACGUUGUGCUAGCCACAUUUCAAGUGCUCUACUCAACAGCCACAUGUGGCCAGUGACUACUGUAUUCAAUAGUGCAGAUCUCGAGAACAUUUCCACAGUCACAGAAAGUCCUGUUACACAGUGCUACUGCAGAUGGAAGGAUUGGCCUGAGCAAAGGCAUGAGAGAGGCAGGAAAGUUUGGGAUUGCAGAGUAUAGUUUGCGGGGCAAGUCAUCUGUUUUGGCUGGAUCCUAGGUUGUAGGAAGAGGUGAGAGACCAGCUUUUUCUGCAACUCUAGGAGUCACAGCAGGUCCCCCAUCCCUCCCAGUGUUCAUCAGGACAGCUUCCCCUCCAUGGAGUUGCCUGGCCCAAGACCAGCGGCUCUCCCAGCUUCAGGGACAAAUGAAGAAUGAAGGUACAUAAACAAGGAAAUUGGAUGGUACAGGGCACCUGGACAUGUUUAGAAACUUCUACCCUUUAGAGACUCUCCUAGGCCACAGUGCUACUCAGAGAAUGAGAAUUAUUGAUACAUUGUCGUUAAAUAUAUCCUAUUGCUUUGGUUGUCUUAUGUAAUUCCAAUACUGCUC